CUUUUUCACUCUCUCCCUUUUUUUACAUCCAAAAAAUGCAGAUCCUCUCUUACAGUGUUUGUCUCUUCUUAACCGCAUCUCUUGUUCAUGCCAGAGUCGUUCAAUUCAACGUAAUAUCUCCGGGCUCCAAGACCGUUCAGGUCAAGGUGAAUGGCAAAGUGGGCAACUUACAGCCUGUCAGUCCCGAUGUUCCCUUGUAUACUGGUGCAUUCGAAAUUGGCCAUGAAUCUGUAUACACUUAUAUAGCCGAUUCAGAACCAGAAGAAUUCAAGCGAAAGUUGGACCCCAAGACAAACAAGACGCUGAACGAAUUCUUUGGACGACCCAUCACGUAUGCAUCCAUUCCUCCUCUUCCUCGCCCAUUGGACAAUGGCAAACAAUGGACUCGUGCCGACAAAAAUCCUGAUCUCUUUGACACCAACUAUAUUCCUACCGUCUUUGUUCAAGGUGACCCUGAAGAUAUGGAUACGCUAGUCUCGACCGUUCCUAAACAAAAGUUCAAGGUGACACUGACGAUGGUUGGCAAGGACUAUUAUAGAACCUUUCACGAUGUCAAAUUUAGCAUCACAGGAGCUGGAAAACGCCACAAUCCUGCAAAACAAUCUUGGAGAUGGACCUUUGCUGACGGAGAUUUUAUUAAUCACCGAAACAACUUCAAGAUUCGCAAUAUGGAAGAAGAUCCUACACAGAUGCGUGAAAAGCUCUAUGCAGACUGUCUGCGAGCUAUGGGAACGUAUGCCAAUCAAGCAAAUAUGGUCCGACUGUUCAUCAAUGGUAAAGGCUAUGGUACAUUCAACAUGUUGGACGAUAUUCCAAGAUACUCUUAUAUCCGUGCAAACUUUUACGCUGGCCAUCCUCCAGAACAGAUGGGCCCCCUUUACAAUGGCGCAACUGGUGCUAGCUUUGAUGUGCUGAACCCUAAUGAAUACACUAUGUUCAAGCCUUCCAAGGAUUCCCCUGAGGACGCUGAUGCCAUUUUAGAGUUAGCUCGGGCGUUUGAUGAAUUGGAUCUCAAGAAUGACAAGGACAUUGCCGAGUUUGAUAACAAUGUGUUUGAUGUCGACCAGUUCCUCCGUUUCAUGGUGAUGGAGUACUUGGCUGGUCAUUGGGAUGGUUACUGGAUGGAACAGACCAAUGACGGAGCUUACAAGGAUUACGCCAAUAAUAACAAAUGGUACUAUCUUGGUCAAGAUUACGAUGCAACAUUUGGUGUCAACUUAUCAAAGGACGUUUUGAAGAUCUCUUACAAGGAUUAUCCUACACACUAUCCUGGUGGUACCUUUAUCAAUGGAUUCCUCGAAAACAAGAACCUUCAUGCUCGUUUUGAAUCCUAUCUAGUAGAGACCGUCAAGACACUGUUCAACAAUAGAACGCUCGGUGAGCAUAUUGUCGCUUAUCAUCAAUUCCUCGCACCUGAUCUCGAAUGGGAUCGCUCGAUCAAGCAACUUUCUCCUGGUAUCAAUUUUGGAUGGUCAUUCAAGCAGACGUAUGAAAAUCUUUUCAAAAAAGUGCAUUCACCCAAUCACAAUGGUGGUGGAGCAGAUUAUGGUCUGACGGAAUGGAUUGAUAAAAAGUCAAAGUUUGUAGCAAAAGACUUGGGUUUUAGUAUAUAAAAAAAAGUCAAUAACAAAAAAAAGAAAAAAUUGUAUCAUCAUAUAAUAAAAAUCUCUUUCUCUUCUUCUAUCAUGUAUUACACUUGUUUGGUAAAUUACAAAAAGACUAUCAAUAAAGUAUAAAGGGGAGAAAUUUUAAUAACGACAAGGUUUUCUUUUCUAAAUAUAAUUUCUCUGGGGAAUGUAUACUUGUUUAUAAAAGGAUGCUGUAAUGAGCAGAUACCUUGCAUCUGUUCUGUAGUUUUAUUUAUAGAUGCCUGUCUGUAACUUUGUUCGGCAUUUCAAUUUCAUAGUUAUAAACCUUAUACUUCUUU